CUCCACUGAAUCAAAAUUGCGAUGGUCAACCACAUGUUAGCUUCCGAAACACACUGCCCAUGGGUAGGCCCACCUGUCACUUUGCUCUCUGGAUGCCGUCAGAUUCGGCCUCAGAUACAGGCACUGAUAGGGUUGUUUGUUUCUGAGGGUACCGAGUCGAUACUCAUCAAAAGUGGAGGCGAGGAGCCGAGCAAACAAAAAAGGCCCUCAGGCCGGCCAGUUGGUUGACAUGGUUUCAAAACACUCACCAGAGCUGGUGAACUGCUCGGUUGAUGCCAAGCUCGCAAUCGGCUGGGGAUCGUCACCAGAAGAUUGCUUGCCCCUGGGAGGACCGAGGCGAGCAACGGAGGACGACCAGAUGAACAUGGGCCGACACAAGGGUUUGCCUACCUAGGUAGUCCUCCUUUUUCCUUUCGACCAAGAUACUACGUCCGCACCGCCCCGAUGUUUCAACGACGGCUGCUUAUCACCUGCUUCUUCUUCUUCUUCUUCUUCCACCUUCUUCCUUUUCUUCUACCGGCCAGUCUCCUCUUGACGAAAACACCGGCCUGACUCGUCCUCCCUCACUCUCUUUUCACUUUCGACCAGUCGUCGAACCUUACGCUCCUUUAACCAACAAAGCCCGAGAACCGCCGCAAACGUCCGCGGUCGCCCUUCUCGGCCCACACUCGUUUUAACGGUUUAGCACCUUCGUCACCUAUCCUGUCUUUCUUGUCACGAUGAAGUUCCCCAUCGUCGCCGUUGCGGCUUCUGUUCUCUCAACUGCUGGGCUGGUUGCAGGUGACCCUCAUGUCAUCCAGGUUCGCGCCGAGGACCUUCAGGUCCGCAAACAUGGCGGUCACAGUUUCAAGAUUUCCCAGAUUUUCAACCACAAAUACCAACACAAGGUGAAGGGCAAGGGCAUCAGAGAUGUCGCCAAGGUCUACACAAAGUUUAACAUGAAAUUCCCCGACCACCUUCGCGAGGCCCUCGUCCGCGUCUUUGGCGACCUGGGCGUCAAGAUCCCUGGCAACCUCCACGCCUUGAACGACGGCUCUUUCUCACAAGGUUCUCAGGGUGAGGUUGAUGCUACGCCUGUCCAAUUCGAUGUUCAGUAUCUCGCCCCCGUCCAGAUCGGCUCCCCGCCGCAGACGGUCAUGAUGAACUUCGACACCGGCUCUUCCGAUCUCUGGGUCUUCAGCUCCGAGACCCCUGCCAAGCAGCGCAAUGGCCAGAAGAUCUACAACAUGACCCAGAGUACCACCGCCGAGCUCGUCGACGGUCAUGUUUGGAGGAUCUCGUACGGUGACGGCAGCAGCUCGUCCGGAAAUGUCUACACUGACAAGGUUAGCAUUGGCGGCGUCGAGGUGGACAAGCAGGCUGUUGAGAUUGCCACCCAUGUGUCCGACUCUUUCACCAACGACGCUGCCUCCUCCGGUCUCGUCGGCCUCGCCUUUGACUCCAUCAACCAGGUCAAGCCCCGCAAGCAAAAGACCUUCUUCGGCAAUGCGAUCGACGACCUGGCCAUGCCGCUGUUCAGUGCCAAUCUCAAUAAGGCUGAGCCUGGCAACUACAACUUUGGCUUCCUCGACCAUGAGGAAUUUGUCGGUCCCAUCAGCUUCGUCGACGUUAAUGCUUCCCGCGGUUUCUGGGAGUUCGAGGCCAGCGGCUAUACCCUUCCCGCCUCCAACUUUACCGAGUCCAACAACAAGACCGGUGUUUUCCAGUCCCUGACCCACACCGCCAUUGCCGACACCGGCACCACCCUCCUCAUGCUCCCCCAGCCCAUCGUCGAGGACUACUACGGUCAGGUCGCCAAGGCCCGCAGCGACAAUGCUUUUGGUGGUUAUGUAUUCCCCUGCAACGCCGACCUCCCGGACCUCAUCAUCCACAUUGGCUCCUACAAGGCUCGCCUCACUGGUGAUCUCAUCAAGUACGCUCCCGCCGACACCGAUGACUUUGCGACAGCCAAGUGGUGCUACGGUGGCCUCCAGAGCGCCCAGGGCUUCCCCUUUUCCAUUUACGGAGACAUCUUCUUCAAGGCCCAAUUUGUUGUGUUCCAGGGUGGUGUGAUCGAUAAGGAUGACUGGUCCAAGGGCGCCAAGUUGGGCUUUGCUGCCAAGCCUGGCACUCAGCUUCCUCAGGAGACGGAGACACCCGCGGUGCCGGACGUCCUGCCCAUCAACAAUGCUACCAGGCCGGCUGGAAGCGGCCAGAGACGCACUGGCGGUGGUUCUUGUCGUGCUCGCCGUCAAUAAGCUAUAAACCUUGUUGCUCUGGCAGGUAAUGUGAGAGAAAAAUAGGUCCAGACACUUGCUGGGUCUGGCUUGGUGUAAGCGUGUCCGGACCACUCUUCACAUCACCUCUCUGGUUAGAGUCUUGGUUUUGAUGCUUGAGUCGGCAUGUCUUUUUUUCGAGUUUGCGAUUGAUAAUAUUUGAGGAGCAAUCCGGCAAACAAAACUACACGUAGUACACAUUGAGAUGAGACUGCGUACGAUGUACAUAUCAUUACCUGCCAAGCGUCUUUGCGUUGCAUAGCGGGUUAAUCUUAUUCGGUUUAUUCUUGAUGUGUUUUAUAGUCAAUUUACCAACGUCAAUGCAUCAGCCUCUGCUUAAGUUCCAUUU